CAGAGGUAUUCAAGCUCCUCAUAACAAAGCCUUUUAGAGUCUCAACUAUCUACAUCAACAUACACCCGUCUCAAGCCUUUAAAGUCUCUCAACAACCACUUCAAACUCUUUGAAACCUUUGUUGUGACAAUGGAUGUAGUGAAUGUAAUGAUUCAAGAAAAGCCAGUGGUGAUUUUCAGCAAGAGUUCUUGCUGCAUGAGCCACUCCAUCGAGUCGCUUAUGCGUGGAUUUGGAGCAAAUCCAACGAUUUAUCAGCUAGACCAAAUUCCAAAUGGACAACAAAUUGAAAGGGCAUUAAUGCAGCUUGGGUUUCGACAGAGUGUACCUGCUGUGUUCAUAGGCCAACAGCUGAUUGGUAACGAAAGGCAGGUGAUGAGCCUCCACAUCCAGAACCAACUAGUCCCAUUGCUUAUUCAAGCAGGUGCAAUAUGGAUUUAGAAUAAGUAGUUUCUCUCUACGCAAUAGGACAUGGAUCCAUGUCACGCCGCAGAAUAUUUAGAUAAGCUACUAGUACUGUUUCUUUUUUGUUUGCUGUUUUCCCCAUUAAGACAAAAUGAUAGUUGGCACUGCUCAGAACCUCUUUAUGUUUUAAAUUUUUCCCGACGAAGUUUCAGAACUUCCACGCAUCUACGCUGUACCUAAUAAGGAUGCACUGCUUUUGUUUCUUUCUACGGGCUCAAAAUCAAGCA